AAACACUGUCUGUUCUUUUUUGUGUUAAUAAAGAUGUAACAUUUUGAAUUUUUUUUCCCUUCUCCUGUCCGCCACCUUCGCGCAAGGCAUGCCGGGUGUUGUAGUUUCUCCGCUCCCCUGCAUUUGUUCCUCUCCUGGCCGACACGUCGGGACCGCACGGAGCAGCAGAUCAGCUGGCUAACUUCCUGUCCAGAUGGGUUUACAUGAACGGCGCUACGCAUUUGUGACAUCACACACAAGAUUAAGCAUUGGUCAUCCUUUCAUUUGGAAGUCUUAAGUUACACUACCUGGACACCAGGACUUUUUCCAGUUUCUUUUUCACCUGGAAGCACAGUAUACAUUAAAAAGUAAAAAAAAAAGGAAAAUAUAAAGCUAUAUAAAUAUAUACACCUAUAAACUGAAAGCCCAAAAUGACUUCAGAACUUGAGAGCAGCCUCACCUCUAUGGACUGGCUCCCCCAGCUGACAGUGAGAGCUGCCAUUCAGAAUGCUGACUCCAACCAGAACACCCACGGAUCUGGGAUCUCCAAGAAGAGCGCCCUCAUCGACCCCAACACCACACUGGACCAGGAGGAAGUACAACAGCACAAGGACGGGAAGCCCCCCUAUAGUUACGCCAGCCUCAUCACUUUCGCUAUCAACGGCUCCCCAAAAAAGAAAAUGACUCUUAGUGAGAUUUACCAGUGGAUCUGUGACAAUUUCCCCUAUUAUAAGGAAGCUGGAAGCGGCUGGAAGAAUUCUAUACGACACAACCUGUCAUUGAAUAAGUGCUUUUUGAAAGUGCCUCGAUCCAAGGAUGACCCUGGAAAGGGUUCCUAUUGGGCAAUAGACACGAAUCCAAAGGAGGAUGCACUACCAGCUCGGCCAAAGAAGAGGCCGCGAUCUGGAGAGCGGGCCUCUACACCAUACAGUAUAGACUCCGAUUCCUUGGGUAUGGAUUGUAUAAUCUCUGGAAGUGCCUCUCCAAAUCUGGCUAUCAACACUGUGACUAACAAAGUAACCUUAUACAACACAAGCCAGGACGGCAAUGACAGUCCUCGAAGUAGCCUUAACAACAGCCUUUCUGACCAGAGCGUGGCGUCCUUAAACUUGAACAGUGUUGGCAGUGUACAUAGCUAUACACCGGUAUCGAGCCAUCCUGAGCAACCCACUCCAACAUUACCGCAGCAGUCACAGUACAACACACCAGAGCGAGAAAAACUUUUCCACGAGUAUAACUUUGAAGAUCUCAGUGAUUCAUUUCGAAGCCUAUACAAGAAUGUAUUUGCUCAGUCUAUAAGCCAAGGACUGAUGAGUCUCCAGUCAGAAUCCUCCCAGCAGACACAUUCUCCCUGCUCUUACCAACACUCCCCUAGUAGCACAAUGAGUUCUCAGCAGCACGGCAGCCAAAAUAACCUGACAAAUAGCCAUGCGAGCAAUCUUGGCACAACUGUGGGUGACUCUAUGGGACAAGUGCACAUGUCCCACAUGUCUCCAAUCCACACACAGCAGUCCCAGCAGUCACCACACAUACAUCACACUGUAGUCCAUCAUCAGCACCCAAACCAGCACGCAUCUCACUGUCACCAACCUCAGCACCCUCAGCAACGCGCUCCGCACCCCGCACAGCAUUCACCGCAUCAAGCACAGCACACUGCUCAGCAUUCUGUACAGCACACUGGUACUCAACUUUAGACAUGCUAAAAGAAAGCUGCCGUAUUGCCAGCAGUGCCAACUGGACAGAUGUGGAUCUCUCCCAGUUCCAAGGUUUAAUGGAAAGUAUGAGACAAGCGGAUCUUAAGAACUGGUCCCUGGAUCAGGUUCAGCUCGCAGACCUUUGUUCUUCGCUCAGUGAAUUCUUCAAUCACACCGGGUUCAUCCACCCGCAGAGCAAUGUCCAGUCACCUGUAUGUCAUGGUAACAUGCAUAAUGCGAAACCCACACAGCACCUUGGGACAGGAAAUGUUUAUCUCGACUCCAGGCAAAAUGUUCCUACUUCGAUGAUGGGACCCCCAGGUUACACUCAUUUACCACCUAUGAGCACUACAGGAUCUGGCUUGUCAGGGCACCACGGAGUAAUGAACCAAGCUCACAUGAUGCCGUCCACAAAUUUCCACAUACGUCGUCCCCUUCCUGCAGAUGACAUCCAGGAUGAUUUUGACUGGGACUCAAUUGUAUAGCACUAUAACAGAUACAAUAGCUCUAUUGUCUUGUUAACCCCUUCCCCCCCCCCAUUCCCUUCCGUGUUGUUGGUAUAAGUGACCAUGAAUGUGAUACGAAAAAAAACACACAAAAAAACACACAAAAAAAGAAGGUAAAGACAUCCAAGUGACGAGUGAAAAAGAAAUAACUGCUAACAUUGAUGACAAUCACAACCGUUAAGAAAUAUCAGUGCUUAUGAGUUAACCCUUUAUAUCGGCGCUCUGCAACCCCCAGCAUUACUGCCAGGACAUGCUUGGAGUUGUAGUUUCUUGGCAGCUGGAGGGCGCCACCCGUGUUUGUCACCCUGAUAAGCUGCAGCCGCUCACUAUCGUCCUGCCAUUCAUAGAACACUGGACAGAAUCUCUCCGAGCACUUUCACUUAUCAAUGUGCAUUUCAUUACCCCCUACCUGGACAGGUGGCAUUUCUUGGGGCGCUCUCAGUCCUUUUUUUUUUUUUUUUUUUUAUAUCUGAUUUAUUUAUAUGAGCUAGGAAUAGUGUAACUGUGUUGCUUUUCUGCUUUUUUUAUUUUCUUCUUUUAUUUUUUUUAAUGUGUCUUGAAUUUAUACUGUUACACUGCCAUGUAACAGAGCAACCGCAGUCACAUGACGAGGGGCGGUGCGCUUCUGCCAGUGCAAAGCCGAUCAAUAGGUUUCGGUUGCCAAAAUGUUAUUAUAAGGAUGGAUUUAGCCUUAUUUGUCAAGGGAUGGUGAAUACUUCUGUAAGGGACACAAAGGGCAUACGUGUAGAUCAGUGUUUCCCCAACCAGGGUGCCUCCAGCUUUUGCAAAACUACAACUCCCGACAUGCCCAGACAGCCAAAGACUGUCUGGGCAUGUUGGGAGUUGUAGUUUUGCAACAGCUGGAGUCACCCUGGUUGGGGAAACACUGGUGUAGAUAUUGGAGUCGAGAAUGAUGUGUCUAGGGCAGUGUUUCCCAACCAGCGUGCCUCCAGCUGUUGCAGAACUACAACUCCCAGAAUGCCUUUCCCUGUCCGGGCAUGCUGGGAUUUGUAGUUCUGCAACAGCUGGAGUCAUCCUGGUUGGGAAACACUGGUGUAGAUAUUGGAGUCGAGAAUUGUGUCAUGGGCAGCGUUUCCCAACCAGCGUGCCUCCAGCUGUUGCAGAACUACAACUCCCAGCAUGCCUUUCGCUGUCCGGGCAUGCUGGGAUUUGUAGUUCUGCAACAGCAUGAGGCACCCUGGUUGGGAAACACUGAUGUAAAUAUUGGAGCCUUGAAUGAUGUGUCUAGGGCAGUGUUUCCCAACCACUGUGCCUCCAGCUGUUGCAGAAAUACAACUCCCAGAAUGCCUUUUGCUUUUGGGGCAUGCUGGGAUUUUAAAGUUAUGCAACAGCUGGAGGCACACUGGUCUAGGGGCCAUAGAACAUUUCUCCAUGAGUAUCGUUACAUUACAAGUGUAUGCCCAUCUACACUAUUAAUUGUAAGGCACAGCAAUGGGGUGGACAAAAACAAGUGAACCCAUAGCCCACUGUUUCCCAACCAGGGUGCCUACAGCUGUUAAAAAAUUGCAACUCCUGGCAUGCUGGGAGUUGUAGUUUUGCAACAUCUGGUGGCACGCUGUUUGGAAACAGUGGUCUAGUCAUUGUAAUAUUGCGUGUCACUUACUGAGGUGUUCUUACCUUUUACAGGUAACGAUCAUAUGUAGGUGUAGUAGGACUACAUGUCCCAGCAUGUGUACCAUCUUCUAUGAUUGCUCCUGUCUUUAUGGUAAAGGGGACUUUGCAGAAAGAUAUGGCUUCAGUGAGGUAUCUGUAAUAUAUAGAUGUAUUCAUUUUAUACAUACCAGUCUCCGGCUCUCCGGUCAGAUUGGGAGUUGUAGUACUCCAUUAUCUGGAAGCCACAAGGUGACAAACUAAUGACUGUUUAGUAUAGUGGGUUUAGCUGAAAUCCAAUAACAUCUAUGGCCGCCUUUAUCAUGAUUGACAGGUGUGAUAAAAAAAACUUGCCCGCAUCUUAAAGGGGUACUCUGGUGGAAAAUAUUUAUUCAUUUAUUUUAAAUCAUUUGGUGCCAGAAAGUUAAACAGAUUUGUAAAUGACUUCUAUUAAAAAAUCUAUACCCUCUGUAUGCUACAGAGGAAAUUCUUUUCUUUUUGAAUUUCUUUUUUGUCUUGUCCACAGUGCUCUCUGCUGACACCUGAUGCCCGUAUCAGGAACUGUCCAGAGCAGGAGAAAAUCCCCAUUGCAAACCUAUGCUACUCUGGACAGUUCCUGACACGGACAGAGG